CUCGGGAAAACCCAGGCGGGCGAGGCGCUUUGAUAUUGCGACGCCGUUUAGCCCGGUUACCCUCGUCUCUUUUUUCUAUACACUAUCUCUACCAUCGUUACCUUCGUUACGACUCGUCGGUUAUCUUCACCCUCGGCUUCCUCGUCGCUCUAUCGGCAGCACAGGCGAGCGUCCAGGCGAUGUGCCCGGGCGAUGUUCGCGGCCGCCGCUGUCGCCGCCAUCGUCGUCGUCGUUGAGGCCUCGGGCUCGGCUUGGAGUCGGCGGUGAAGGCGAGAAGGCGACACAGGGGAGAGGACACACACAGGGGGUGGGUGGCAGGAGGACCGAAGGGGGAGGCCACGGGCUACGGUGGAGAGGAGAAACAAGGACAAGGAGUGGCCAGCCAAGAUGAGCGUCUCUCGUGGAGAUGCCCAGGGCCGCCAGGCCUCGAAGUCGGCCCCUGUGGUGGACGAGGCGUGCGAUUCCGGCAUCGGCUCCUUGUGCGAGGCGGACGUGGAGAGCAUCAGGGCCGGCGUGUCGCGCCUCGGGGUCGACGGCACGCAGGCCUACGCUCCGCUGGGCACCCAGGAUGACGACUGCCGCCGUGGAAACGAAACGGGCACCCAGCCUGGCACCCAGCCUGGCACGUACCCGGGCUCGUACCUCGCUACCAGCAUGGACUCUUGUGGCGGUACAUUCUUGAGCACAGACUCGGCCAUCAGUUCCAUGUGCGAAGCAGACCUCGAGACGGAGCUGAGGAGGGCAGCUGUCUCUGGCAGAGACGUGGAUCUGCGUGAGGUGGAGAGAAUCUCCGACGAGAGCACGGACAUUGAGUCGGGGGUCUGCGGAUUCGGCUGCUCCGCACAAGAGAACGACCGCUGGGCAGCCGUCAUUGCUGCGGAAGCGGACGAGGAUGGAGACACGUUUUUGCAUCAAGCUAUAAUCCACGGAGCGCCGGAUAUCGCACUGCACGUACUCUACAAGGACGUGAACAGGUGUCUUAUCGAUCAGCAAAACUAUUUGAUGCAGACACCACUUCACCUGGCUGUAGUAACAGACGAGUGGCGAUUGGCACGGUCGCUGGUCCUUGCUGGAGCCAACAUGUGUCUUCAGGACCUGCGUGGAAACACCCCACUGCACCUGGCUUGUGCACAUCAGAGCCUAGAAGCCGUUUGGGCACUGACUGAUCAACUCUCUCCCGAUGAGAUACCCAUCAAUACAACAAGUCCUAUAAUUGUCCCAUCAAGCAUGGAGAUACUGAACUACAAAGGAUCCACAUGCUUACAUCUGGCAGUCCUGAACUCCAAUGUAAAAUUAGUGGAUUACCUCGUCAGAAAAGGAGCUAACAUUGAAGCAAAGGAUCCCAAGAGUGGCCGGACAGCACUGCAUAUGGCCGUGGAACAGGAUGACAGCCUGAUGGUGUCACGUCUUGUCGAGCUCGGGGCUCAGGUCAAUGCCAUCAUGUACAACGGAUGCACUCCCCUGCACCAGGCUGUUGGGAGGAGGUUGGCCGAUUUAGCAAAAUUGCUAAUUCGUCUGGGAGCAGACGCCACCCUACCCAACCUGGAGUACGAUUCGCCACUCGACCUCGCCGAUGAUCAUGGGAUGUCCCUGUUUGCUUAUGAUGACUUGACAAUUGAAGGCCACCUGGUGAAGAACACUUUUUAAUUAAUCGUGUUUUGUUACUUACAUGCCAAACGUCUCUGAAGUACAACAUCACAUCUAAACUCGUUGGAUGGAGGUAUCGGCAGAUAUGUAAAAAUGUUGGAUAUGAGAAUGACAGUUACACCAUGCAUAAAUAGAUUGCUGGACAAAUACAUGGCAAAAUGGUUUAAACUGGGAUAUAUGAUUUUCUGACCUUUUACAAGUAAGUGCAUGUUUGUGAGAUGAGGAAUAUUGUAUAUUUCUACAUGAGAAAGUCAAAUUUGUUGCACCAUGCACAUAUUUCACUGGGUGGGGCAGUUGAUUGGUCCAGGUAGAUGUGAUGGUUGGAUAUUUACACGUCAUGUACAGUACUGCUUAAUUUAGCAGAAUUUUCAAGAGAUCAACAAAUCCACCCUAAAACUCGGUUCAUUUUUUACUGGAGCAUGCAUGUGAAUAGCUCGCUCUAGGUCCAGUACUUUGCACAUGCACACUUGUCGGUUUGAAACGUACGAGUGAUAUAACUUUAUCUAAGGCUGAUUUUACCAUUUCAAUCAUAGCUUAUAACUUAAUGCAUGUUUAAUGGUCAUUUAGAUACUUAUUUGUUUAUAAAAUAUAGGUUAGAAGUAAUACUAUAAUUUGGUUAUGUUUAAACUAGAUCUCAUGCAUUGAAAAUAUCGCAAUUUGGGAUGUAUUGCAUUACACAAUACUUUGUUUUUAUAUGUACAGAUUUACAUUGCUAUGAUUCACACCGCAUGCUUCAAUGAAAUUGGUAUGAUUACAAGUACAUAGUUAUACCUCUAGUCUGUACAGGUACAUAUAAGUGAUUAAUUAAACAUAGUACAUUGUUGUAUUUAUGACUAUAUUAUUCCAAUUUUAGUACACAAACGUUGCAUUUACUUAUUGACCAUUUUUCACAAACAAUUGGAUCAGCAUUUUUUCGAAGGUAAUGGAAAAUGAAUUGUCUACCUUUUUGUGUAAUAUUUACUUUUAAGCUUACAUUUUUCAGUGUUUCGCUUGUCCGUAAAGACAACGAAUUAGGUUUUUAUUCAGUAGUUUAUUUUGCUCCAUUAAUUUUAGCAUGUUUUAAAUGUAAUAGAGUACAAUGUAUAUAUGUGAGUUGAACUUCUUUCGCACUAUACAUAGCCAACCGUACUAAUCGGAGGUGUGGGGGAAGGACAACAAACUAAACACAACGCAGUUCUAAAGAAAUUAGUUUUCAAUAUAGAUUUAAAAGUACAUAGCUCGUGGCUUCUUAAUAUCGGAAGGAAGAGCAAUCCAGACGGCUGCAGAAGUGCUUCUGAAAGCGCGAUGAAGUGACCGUCUGUUCGAUGGACAGCCAAAAGUUGCGAUGGUUUAUGCUCCUUGACAAUGGACACGAAGUGGACAGUUUGCGUAUCGAGUCGUAGAUCAACAAAAGGGCUGUACGUGUGCAAUAGCAUGGCUCACAAUACCAAACUGUUAAUAAACAUUCUUUUGAAA